CUAGAGGCUCCCCCUCCGCCACCACGGAGGGGAGGUCCGCCCGUGGCCGGUCAAAACGGGGCCCAGCAAACUAGCACCACCGCCACCAGCUUUCUGCAGCUCAGCCAGGACCAUCUAGGCCAGCCGGUCCAGCCCGGCAUGAAGCUGUUCCCGAACUACACGCCACCGAUUCCACCGCACCAUCAGCAGCAGCAGCAGCAGCACCAUCACCACAGCCUGCACCAUCACAACGGUAACGGUGGGCUGGACGAGCCGGCCAACAACCACCACUACCACCAGAUCACUUACCAGACGCAAACGCUCGCGCCGUUGCGGCUCAAUCAGGAGCACUUUCUGCCGCACGCGACCAAAACCACCAAGACGGCCGGUGGAACGAUGCCGGCCGGUGUCAAUCAGCCGCGGUCGCACGCCAAGUAUCAAACGCACCAUCACCAUCUGCACCACCAUGGUGCUGGGGGGGAUGGGGCCACGCUGCAUCAUCACAGCACCGGCAGCUACUCGCCCGAUGGUGGGGCCGGCCCGCUCCAUCACCAUCAUCUGCACCAUCACCACCAUCCGCAUCAUCAUCCGCAUGCGCCCCAUCUGCGGGACGAUUGCUCCGACCGGGACGAUGACGACGAUGACACGCUGGACGUGAACGAUGGUGUUGGUGUCAGUGGUGGUGUUGGUGGUGAGGAGGAAUGCAGUGGGCAGAGCGAUGCAACAUCACCGCCCGACAGCCCGCUCUCGCCCGUCCCACCCGAGCUGCCCAUCCGGAAUGGGCUGCUGGCGGCAAACACGCUGAACCACAUCAACAACAACAACAACAACGGUCCAAUGAUGGGCACGGAACGGACCCGGUCACCACCGACGCCACCGGUCACACCGCCACCCUCCUUUACCAACCACACCGGCAGCACACCGGGGCUGGACAGCGGCGGCGGCGGCCGCAAAACGCUGUCCGUCGCACGACACUAUCACUAGGUUCUUAAGUAGACAGGACAGCAGCACGCGCUUAGAUAGACACUCGCGAAGGGAUGGGGCGAACAUACAAGGGGCGAAUUUCCUACUUAGCGGGUUAGGGUGAGAUAGUUUUUGGGGGUAAUAAUAUUGUGAUCUUUGCUCGUUGCUUUUGCGUGUGAAAGUAGCAAGAAUUAGGUGGAUUUUUGGGAGAAUUCUUUGUACGUUUUCGUUGCGUACAAAGUGAGCACUGAUAGGAAGAUGAAAUUCUUGGAUUCUUGAUUUUUGAAUUCUUGGAAAAUAUAAUGAGAAUUUAUUUUCGAUGCGCGAAAUUGAAGGUAUCAGUGGUUGGAUAUCAUUAUUGUAUCAAAUUAACCUCACUUUAUAAGCUUUGUUGUCAUUUCUCGAUAAUUUAGCCCAAAAAAUCGUGAUAAAUUUGGAGAGCAAUGCUCAAAUACAACAAAUUUUGAGAUUUGAGGUCAUGCUAAUGAGUUCCAACUGGCUAUCGUUUGAUGGAUAGAAUUUCAUGUAUGGGCCUGUAGUUUUGAUGUGAUCAGAACACCUCUUCAAACAUAUUUGUAUUAAACUUUGUACUUUCACGCUACUGCUUAAGUCACCACCAAAGUCUUUGGACUGAAUGGCUCUAUUCCUAGGCUGUACUUUUCGUAUUUCUUGGGUGAAGAAACUCGAUUGUGGAGGAGUGUGGUACAUUUUUUUCUUCUUCUGAUUAAAAUGGAUUCUCCAGAGCUCUUAGAAAUGUAAUUUCUUUGAACACUUUGUUCCUGAAUAUCCUGAAGAAUUCUCCUGAACAAUUUGCCACAAUUUCUCAAUAUUUUGUAUUGUUAAUUGCAAAAAUGUCUACAUGCCGUUAUUUUUAGAAUGUCAGAAAUUUGACAUCAAAAAGACUUUGUUUAUUCUUUUAGUUUUAUAUUCGAAAUCUAAUUCCAUUCAAUUUGAACGGAAUUUUAAGAAUUGCUUUCAUUCCUUCAAUAUGAUGAAAAUUAUUGAAGUUGCUUCGACAUGCCCUUUUGCCUUUUAAUUAGCACCACAUGUUACUAUCCCUUGGAGACAUCCGUUAUCGCCGUAGCUUCAUAAUUCCGCGCCUCUAGCGUCUUGUUUGAGCAUUGCAAAUCCAUUUACCUCAAAGCGCCUCAACAAACUGCAACUAGUCUUCACUCCUCUUGACUCCUGCGUUAACGUUUCUUAGGGCUGGGAUUGGGACGGGAAAUGGCAACAACAAAAAAUCGUUGCCCAUUUCCUCCUACAAAAGCACCAGUGUAUCCUGUUUCCUGUCGCAAAUGUAUCGACAUUUGUCACUGUGUGUGUGUGUGUUUGUGUGUGACCACCUGGAUAACGAGUGGUGGUCCCGAGCGUGGUUAGGCACUGUUUUCUCUCGUGAAAAUUAGGCUCGGUUGCCCUAGCCACUCUCGCACAAGCAAACCAACCGUGACCCGGUUGAGCAGCGACGGAACACGACAGGAAAUGUUGUUUAAUUAAAUUAAUGGCCGGAAUAAUGUCGGUGACAUCCGUGCCGCCAUCGCCAAACCGAAUCCAAUGGAGCCGGCGCGCACAUGCCGGAAAGGACUCAACCGUGCACGACGCCGACAGGGGAAGUGUUUAUUGAUUUAGUUGAUGAACAACCCGCACCCGCAGUCCGAGCCUUAUCAGCCUUAUCCUAUCCCCAACCAUGCCGGUUUGCCACCGCAGCAUUAGAACGGGAGGUUUUUCCUUCCCCCUCUGAUAAAGCCUAAUUUUGGAACAAAAGAGAGCCUAAAAGAGCGUCUUCUCCCAGCGUCUUCCGCAACCGCAACCACUGCCGAAAAACUAUUCCGGGUACAUGAAAGACGUCCUUGGAUCUUUUCAAACGUGAGCUGCGGAGAAGAAAAAAGGCCCAGCAGUAUCUUAAAAUAGGCUGCUCCAUUUCUGAUUGAUUGCUGGCGAAGUGAUUUGUGGAAAAGAUCCCCUGCAGUAGGAGACACAAAAAAGGGCCCCCAACGGUUUGACAUUUAGCCGUUCGCCAGUUAUUUCCGAACUACCGGCCGAGAACAUCAUUAACGAGACGAUAAUUGUAAUUAAACAAAACCCCAGUACCAAGAUAUUCUCCCACUCCUCUUUUUUUGCCGAUCUUCCGGGUAAAGUAUUUUGGGGCGAAUGAUGUUAUCUUUUCCACGCUCAACUGGUUUACUUCAAAGACACACACACACACACAUUACACAAGCCCUAAUGAGCAUUCGGUACGGUGGGGGGAUGGCUAUUUACUUUCUUUUGAGGAAUUGUAGAAUCAAUAUCAUCAUGGCAGGGUUUUUUUCUGUACGGCAGCUUCCCUAUUUUGCGCAAAGUUUGUCUUUUUGUCUCUGUACCUUCAAAAGAAACGACACAUUUGCUAAUGUUUUGCGCCCGAUUUCCAUUACGGGUUUGGAUUUUGCAUCAUGAUGCUGCUUCCGCCUGGAAUGACUCUGCUCUUCAGCGAACUGAGUGAAAGGAACGGGUCGUCAGACUUUGACCCGUACAGCGGCGGCAGUCAUCAAUCGUGGCUCGUGGUGCUGCACGUGAAAGUAGGGCUCACGAUCUGACCCUGACCGGUAGCUCGGAGGGAAGAGAUCGACGUGUCCCCGGCAGGCCCCAGGGGGAACGACACGGCCACGACGCGCUGCUAGCAAUUAGCCAUCUGCAGCGCCGCCUCCUUCGGUUGGUAGCCGUAGCGAAUUGGAGCUCCGGCCAGCCCAGAAAGGGGUUUCCGUUUUUCGCGACUCGUCAUCUUGUGCACAGCUCCCUUGAGGGGGUGAGUUUAGUUGAAAUAGACACACACACUGCACUAACCGCACUAGCCGCCUCCGGGUGUCGUUUGCGCUUCGCGUAUAUUAUAGGUCAUUCGGGGAAUCGUUUCGCCACACUCGCCAACGGUGGAGCAUUCCGUGCCGGGAGAGAGAGAGAGAGAGAGAUUGGUUGCGUUGGUUUCCACUUUUAAUAGAACCAUCAAUCAUACUCACUGGUAGCUUAGCAAUACCCCUCCCGAAAAGGUUCAUGAGGGCGCGAUAAUGUUGAAGCCACACUGCUAGUGAUGGGAACUCGGAAUUUGUACUACCCAAUUCCGAUACUGUGUUCGGAAUUAAUUUUGGAGCCGAUUUUGAGGCUGGAAUCGAUUCCGAUUCCGAAUCCGAUUCCAAAUCCGAAACCGAAUCCGGAACCUAAUCCGGAGCCGAAACUGGAACCAAAUCCAGAGCCAAAUCAUGAUCCGAUUCUGGAGCCGAAUCCAGUGCCGAAUCCGAAACCAGAUUCGAAUCCGGACCCGAAUCCGGACCCAAAUCCAGAGCCGAUUCCGAAUCCGGAAAUGGAAUUAGGUCCGGAAUCGGAAUCUUCUUGGGUAUCGGGGGCUCCGAAAACGGAAUCAGAAUUGACUCUCGAAUUGGAGUUAGCGAUUUUUAUGGAGAUGCCGAUACCGUCUCCGAUUUUGAAGCCGAUUCUCAGAAUUUCUCAAAAAUACUCAGAAUUUCGGAGCCAAUUUCGAUUCCGGACCUGAUUCCUACCCCGGAACCGAUCCUGUUUUCCGAAGUCAGUUCCAGAGCCUCCAGGCUCCGGAGCAAAUUACAAUUUUCCAGGACGAUUCCAAUUCCGAUUCCGGAACUAAUUCCGGAGCCGAUUUCGAUUCCGGAGCCGAUUCCGCUAUCAAUUAUAGAAACUGAUUCCGGACCAACUAUCCGGUAUCGAUUCCAGAAAACUUCGGAGCUAGCCGGAAUUGAUUCCGCCGAAAACUUCAUUUUUCCCAUCACUACACACUGCUGCUUGGCUCCCCAGCAUCCACAAGGGGGUCGUGUUUUUGGCAACUCCCCCCUUUCCUAAGCAUGUUUAGCCUAAUUGAACGCGAACACUCAACGCGCUGAAUGAGUUCACUCGCUGACACACACACACACAAACACCUAAUCGCAGCAGCACCAAAGUGUUGAAGCGCCAAAGACCCGAGCGCCGAUUGGGUCGGGAUUUUAAUUUUCCUGAAAGGAUAGGCAUCAUCAUAAUUACUCGCUCGUUCGCUCGCUUGCUGCCCAGGACAAAAACCAGCGUGUUUUAAUCAAACUGCUGCUGCGUGUUAAAUCCGGCUUCGAUGUGAAUUAAUUCGCUAUUUUUAAAACACUCCAACAAGCCCUGGGAUUAGAUGGCGAGUGGCGUUAGAGGACACACAGGAGCCCGUCACAAUCGGUACAGCAAUCAAAUUUAGAGCAAAGAGUGUUCAAUUAGCAAGCUGUCUAAUUAAUUCAUCUCAUGAGGCAGUCGUCGAGUGAGGCCUUUUGCGCCUCACAAUCUUAAUCCAUGCUUUCCUUAGCCUUUGCGAUGCGCAGUGUCCUUGGGCGAGUUAUUUUUCCUUCAACUGCUGGUGUGUCUGUUGCGGUAAACUUUCUGCGGUUAAACCUCCGGCUGUAAUGCAAACUAAAAGAGAAAAGGCGCGCGAACCAGCAGCGAACAUCAAAAGCGAAGCGAGGGCAGUUGCUCCGUUGCCCGCCGGGCAGGAAGCAGACACGCCGAAGGAGGAAAAUCAAGCGAAAAUAAUUAAACCAUUUAAAGUUUUAAAUUGAACCACCCGGCCACGCUGGCCGGCGCUGCUCGGCGCAUUUUUAUAGCCUUGAGGAAUUUUUAAGGAACAAACCGAGGUCCCUCAACUUGUGUGUGUGUGCCGUAAGUGUAACGCGUAAUGACACUUAGCACAGUGACGUCCCCUUGUGUCUUUUUUCCCCCUGUUUUAGCCCUGUGCCCUGUGGAGGUGCCCCCGAUUGCCCUCUUCCGCAGCAAAAGUGACAGGCACUGUGCGGCCCCACAUAGAAGGAGGAUGCAGCCCAGAGGGGUUAAAUUCCGCCCGGAGCAGGGUAUUAUAAUUAUGUCAUAAAACUGGCCACAAUUGAUUGGCCCACGGCAGGUAACGGAGCUCAACAGCGCUAGAGAAAGGGAAAAAAAGGGGAAGUAAUAGUUUCUGGGGACUGAAAUGCGAUCGUAAAAACAGUGUCAGACAGGGCCGGGAUGAAGGAAGGUAAAAUGAAAGAUGUGGGUUUAAAAAAUAUAAAACCUCGUAAAACAAAACGUCUCCCGUCCGAUGAGUAAUGGUUGUGUAACGAGAGAGCGGGAGAGAAAGAGAGAUGGUGCGUAAUUAAAUUAAAUUAUAUUUGAAACACCACUCCGCAACCGCACGGGCAGGAAAGGAAAAUUGAAUUCAAAACAGAACCGAAACAGAACGGACCCCCAAAAACCAGUGCCACCAUGCAGCAGUCGUCGUGCUUGAUGCUGAUGAUGAAGGGUACACUGGGAAUAAUAACAAAAUAAAAAAGCUACACGCAUUGCAGAGCGCAAAAAGUAGAAGAGAAUGGAAAUAAAUGUCCAAGAAGGCAAUAAAAUAAUGGUUGGUUGGCUGGCCCCGCGCGCCAUAUUACAAUGCAGGGCGGGCCGGAAGGUCGAAUGUCUUUGUGGUCUUUGAAGAACGUGGAACCGAGGUGUAACAAAAAGAAGUGGUAAUAAAGUGAAAAUUGAAUGAUAAUGUACCUCCUACCCACAGGUCCCUUCUUAAAAACUCCCAACGACGACCCCAGUGGUCUAACGCCCCGUUCGCCCCCCUCUUCCCCCCCCCCCCCCCCUCCGUAAGUUUAACACGUAAGCAACGGAAGCAUCAUCUUCAACUUUAAAAGCAAUAUUUCUUCUACAGAAAACACACAAACACAACAAGUAUAUAAGCAUAUUGAAGCAUUGAAGGUAGGGCAGGAGAACAAAUAAAGCGUACAAUUUCACUUCAUACUCUCCUCUAAAAGGUGAUAAAAAAAAAACUUGAUGUAACAAAAAAAACAGCAACAACAACAGAAGAUAAAAAUAAAAGAAACGGAAAAGCCGUGUUUAAAGCAACAUAAAGAAAAAAGGAAAACUUCGACUGUGAAAAGAUUCCAACAGCAAGCACGGCAUAUUUUAACAAUAAAAGAAAACACAACAGAAAAAAAACGCAUAAACCCCCGACAGUCAUAAACGCUAUUGCUGAAACACUGUAACGAAAAAGAAACAGUGUGUGUUUGUAAAUAGAAAGAAAAAGAAAAGAAAGAAGGAGUGAAGUAAUCAUAGAAAAAACGAAUGAAAACCUAUUAACUAGAAAUAUACAAAAAAAAAACUAAAUCGUUAAAAAGAAAAACAAACACUAGAAAUCGAAAACAGAAACUAGAAAUUGAUGUUGAUGAAAUGAAAAACGUGUAAAUAGCAUAACUUAGCAUUUAACGUCUCUAAAUGUGUUUUCGAAACAAACAAACAAACAAAAAGAAAAGCAACAAACGAAUAGGAAGUGAAAAAUUCAUGCAAAUAGGAAUUAAUUACAAACUUAUAUCAAGCAGUAAACAAAGGAAGUGGAAAACACUAUUCGUGACAAGUAUUGCGGGGUUGUUAUCAAUUUUAAAAUAAAAAAUAAAACAGAACAAACAUAUACCAUAGCUAGAGAAAAGAAAUAAAAACACAAAACUCCAGAAAAAAAUAUUUGUAAAAAUUGAUGUUCAAACUAAGAGGUAACAAAAGCCAAUCGGAGAGAAGCAGCAGGUAUUGUUGUUUUCAAAAUAGCUAUCAACUGUAGAGCAAUGAAAGAGCGAAAAAAAAACAAGAAUGAAAUAAUCAACGUAACUGUGGAUAGAAAUUAUGGAACGAUUCGAAACAAAAUGGCAAACAAAAUCAAAUCAAAAACAACGUGCGUGAUCGUGGUAGGACGAACAGUUGAACACACUUACCGAACCGAACUCCACCAACUUUGAAACACUUAUUUGCGUGUGAAUUUUUAGGUCGUAAAUGAAAACAAAAAAAAAGAAGAAAACAAUUCGAGAAAGCAUAUUGAAUGUUGUACAUAAACUAUGCAAACACUAUAUAGCAAAGCACACGCCGGUGUGUUACAGUAGAAGAAGCGGUAUUGCUACACAGAUGUGCGCAUUCGAACAAUGUGUGGUGCACACGAAACGAGAACGAAACGGCAGAGCAUACCAACUGUGUAAAAAUAAAAACAAAGCGAAAUAAAAACAAAUGGAAAAUAAACGAAUAAUUUUUCAUUAAAAUUAA